GUCCUUCACUAACCAAUCAGCAUUUAUUAGCAUAGUGCUAGCGUGUUCAGGGCUCUACACUGGUGGCACUUGCGCUACUAACCUUUUUAAAUACUGGCGCAAAACACGAUUUGGUCGCACAAAUUAUUUUUAGUAGGCCGCUCUGGUUAAUAAUGAACCUGUAUUGUAUACAGGUGUGCACUUUCAUGGUCACAUGGCAUGAAAAUGUCACUUUGUGGUUAUUUAACAUUGAUAUUUGUUCCCCUAGCUUGCCUUUGGUCCCCCAGUGGAUAGAAAUGUUGAUAGGCCUUUGGACUGCAUUCAUAUAGCACUUUUCUACCUUAGCGGCACUUAAGCUCUUUACAAUUUUUGCCUUUCAUUCUCCCAUUCAUACUCACACCAACUGCCAUGCAAGGCGCUGGCCUACCCAUUGGGAGCAACUUGGGGUUCAGAGUCUUGCUCAAGAAUACUUCGGCACAUGGCCUAGGAGGAGUCGGGAAUUGAACUCCCAACCUUGCAAUUAACAGACGACCCUCCUACCCCCUGCGCCAAAGCCGCCCGCACAGAGAACGCUGACAGCCCCACUACAGCAUAAUUUCGUAUUUCAGACCUGUUUGUCUGUCUGGUGCCAACAUUAGUCAUCAAGAAGAGCAAGGAGGGUAGAUUGUCUUAGCUAGGUUGUUAGCUUCAUAAACACCAGAAAACUUGAGAAAAUUUAUUAUGCGGAUUUCAUACUCGAGCACCGGUUUGAAACCCUUUAUUUGGAGGAGAAACUUGAAGUAAAGCAAUUUGGUGCCCAUCAGCCACGGGAUAUUGUCAUCACUCAAACUGCUGGUAAAAGUAACCACGGGUUUAACGUGGAGUGGUUUUUGAAGAAAAACUAUAAGGCACUCUUCUGUUUUCCAUGCUUGCUAUUUGCUGGAGAUGGUACUUGGUCGAGGACUGGUUGCAAACAUCUUUCUGAGAGGAUUGCAAAACAUGAGAGCAGUGGGAGUCCUCUGGACAAUGCUGUGAAAUUGGGGUUACUUGGAAGGGUAAAUGUCGCAGCCCAAGUUGACAGUGCAUACAGGCGCUUUGUUGAGCAGCAUAACAAACAGGUGGAAAAAAACGGGUACGUUCUCAGUCGGAUCAUAACAUGUAAGAAGAACCGCCGUGCUACCUUUAUCUUCAAGUGAGCCCUCAGCCUUGGGUUGAUAUCUAUUGCCCAGUCAGUUGGUGUGACACUGCUGCCACCGAGGAAAAAGAUCACGGUUAUGCUGAUGGGGAACCACUCAGCUGGAAAGAGUUCCUUCAUCAACUGGUAUGUGGAAGAGCAUAUCCAGCGCACAGGAGUGGCCAUUGAGACACAAGGCUUCAGUUUUGUCACUAGCGGGCGCAAAAGAGAGUCCCUCACAGGAAAUGCCACCCUCCAUCUCUAUCCCCACUUUAAACCGCUGCAAGAGUUUAAGGGCGUGUCAGAGUACUUGAGCACGGAGGUGUGCACGUCACGGCAGAAGCGUUUUAGCCUGGUGACGUUUGUGGACUCACCGGGUCUGGUGGAUGGAGACAUGAAGUAUCCCUUUGACGUGGACAAGGCCAUCAUGUGGCUGGGUGAGCUGUGUGACCUUAUCCUGGUGUUCUUUGACCCUAUGGGCCAGGCAUUGUGUAAGCGCACACUUAACAUUGUGGAGAAGCUCAAUGAAAUCCACGGGGACCGUCUGCGUUUCUACCUCAGCAAGGCGGAUGAGGCCGGGGGAGAGUCAGACAGACAGAGAGUGAUGAUGCAGAUUGUCCAGGAACUCUGUAAGCGACCUGGACUAAACAAGUGUGGCUUCGACAUGCCCACCAUCUACAUCCCCAACUCCAGCAAGCAAAGUCGCUGCGUAAACCAGAUUGAUGAGGUGUGUCGCACAGUGGAGAAGACCAUCAACCAGACCGUCCAGACCACGCUCAACUCUCUGGAGAAAGACUGUGAGCUCAUUGUUGAGGCCAUCACUGAUACACUCAGCAAUGACAGGCAAACCAGUGUGCAGAAUGGGAGGGCCCGCUGUAAAGGCUGCCUGUUGGCCCUGCUUGGCUUCAGCAUACCAUUCCUGCUUAUGGCUCUGUUGAUACUGGGCAGCCUCUCCAGAGAGUUGCUGGAGGUGGUCCUAGGGGACCAGGGAACAGAGGCUCUCUCCCUCUAUCUGACCCCCAUUGUGAAGGUCUUUGAGUCCAUGUCCAUGGAGCAACAGUUGUACAGUUAUGGCAGCCUGAUCUUCCUGUCCUUCAUCUUCCUCCUCUUGGCUCGUUUCUCCUUCCGGACUCGGGCUACUCUGUCUGGCCGACAGAAAAGACAGUUGCAGGAGAAGCUGGAACACAUUCAAGACAUGGUCAAGAACAAGAAGAAAAAGCUGUACGAAGAAUAUCUCCGCCAAAGUGUGGGGGACCAAGACAUGGACUUAUAGAAAAGACUGAAAGUAUUGAAAAGAGAGUACACAAAAAUACCAAUAUACCAUUACCACUGUACAAGACCAAAUGAUGUGUGGGUUUGAUACUUUUCAGGCUUCACUUACCACACUAUGCCUUACUGUGUCAUUGUUGUGUGCGGGGUGAUACAUGGGAAAGGUAGUCCUUUCAGUCACCCUUACCCUGUCCUUUGAAGUGAACUACAAGGCACCUAAACGAUACUGUAAGCUUAUCCCUGCCCAACUCUGGCACUGUCUUUCUAUACUGUCUUAAGUAUUCAUACAAGGAUGUUUUAUAAUAACACUCAUGAGGCUGCCAUCUUAAAGUAGUACCUGUAUUAGUAGUAGUUGUAUUGUGAGAGGUUCUUACUAACCAUAAUAUGAGCAAAGAUUUGGUAAAUCAUUCAUAUACUGCAGGAUCGUCAAGUUUAUAACUUUUUUUGUCACCUCUGGAGCAUGUUCUGGCAUCAAUGCUUAAAAAAAAUCUUUUUUGUCUCUUAUGAAAGUAAACUGAUAGCACCACCUGUGCUGUAAAUACAUAGGAGCAAUGUAUUGGAGUUAUGUGUUUAUAACUGUUUACUGUAUGAAAAUAUAAAAUUUGUAAGUAGCCACAGUGCUUUCUCCAAGAAACAGAGUAUACUAUUCCAAGGUAAUAAAUGUGGGUGUUUAUUUUGGUUCUUGUUA